AAACAAAAAAAAAAAAAACAGGACAUAUCUUUCUCCACAAGUAGAUCACCCAUCGAACUUAUAUGUCUUGAUCAGUUUCUUGCCUUCGCAGCGUGGCAACUGACGUCAGGGCCCAUCUUCCAAGCCAAAUAUGAUAUCGUAUGCACCCAGACCCAAGGAACACAACAGAGGAGAUCUAUUCCCUUGUUCCAUCAAACGGAGGCGGUCCGAAUCAGGGAAUGAUGUCAUGAUAUCAAUGUUUCUUUGGUGGGACCAGGGUCUAAUACCUAUCAGCGAACAGGUCGGUCUGGGUGUUGAACAGGGGAUCAGCGUGGUCUUGGGCUUGAUUGGAAGAGGGUAUUCGCUCGGAAGGCGUGUUCCGUGCUGUUCUUGUAUGACAGUGUCUGUUUGAUUGUUGCUGUUGAGUGGCUGUUACACUAGAAUAUGUCUCUGAUGGGCUGGGAGGACAAGGUCGUUGGGUAUUGGGCUUGACGGGUAAAAUAGAAAGAAAGGGUCUAAGAUGGGCUGUGCUAAAACAUGGUCGUGUAUUUUUGGCUACGACCCUUUAAAUGGUUAGUUGGGUCUCAAUACUUAUGUCCAAC